AUGCAGCCCUGGUUGUCUGAACACGCAGCCCUGCUCACUGGCUCAUCCAUUCAUUCCUCUGGUCUCAUGUGCCACGCUAUUCUAGGUGCUUCCAUAGAAAGGGGGAUGGAAGGCCUUGGCACUGCAGGAGGGGAGACGGGUAUCAGCUACAAUCGCACAAUAGAUGGGACGUCACAGGUGACCCCGAGGAAAACGGAGCCGGGAAGUUCAGCUCAGGUUCCCAUGCCAAAACAAAACCUUCUCAGGCCUGCAGGCAGCAAAAGCCUUGGAACUCCUGUUUACUACUGCUGGUGUCCUCAUACCGUAGCCACAGUGGGUAUCCCCUUCAUGUUAGCUCAUGAGGCUGAUGCAGGGCAGCUGGAAAUGAUGAAUGGUGGCUUCAGCAGUCAUGGUUCACGAAGAACUGACUGUGUCCCCAUCAAUGAGGUCAUACCCAUGGCACAGCAAUGGCUAUUUACUCUGUCUUGGGGUUGUAUACAGCAACGCACGUCACAUCCUCCCAAGCGGGAGGCUCUGGCCUCACUGGAGCGGCACUUCCCGGAAGAGCCAAGGAUAUUCCGGGACCAGCACGGGACAGCGGCCCAGACCCCCUGGCGCCCAGCCGGCCGCCCUGUUGCAGCUCUCCCGCCAAGACAUGCGCCUAGCGGCAGGGAUUCAUGCGGUCACCAUUUAUUCUUGGCGCUAAGCUGCCGCUUCUCUUUUCUAUCCACCGAGCAACGCAGACCCCGCCGUUUCCUUCCACUCUGGGCCAGCCGCUCCAGCAGCGACCGGGGCGCCAGGUUGUGCGGGGGCUGCACCACUCGGCCCGAGGCUUUUGAAGCCACGCUUGGGCUCGGAGGAUGGGCAGGACUUGCCCCGUGCAACUACCGCGCACGCAGGCUCCGCGCGAGGCUGGGGCGCCCGAGCGGGGAUUCCCACUCCCGUCACCAGCUCCAGCGUGGGGCCCCCAGGCUAUGGAGCCCAGAUCCCAGCCGAUCAGCCGCGCCUGGACGAGCCCAAGUCUCACCGCACUGGGGAUCCGCCUCCUCCCGCCAGGGCGAGGGCGCCGUCCUCCUUCGGAUGCUGCGCAGGCGCGUCCCCGCCCUCCGGUCACGUGCUACAGCGCUCGGGCACGCGACCACGCCUCCCGCCGGAGUCUGGGAAAAAGCCGCCCUGUUCCAGAACGGGAAGCGGAAACAGGAAGGAACUGGGUGCACUGGCUUCUGCUGCCGCCCUGAAUUAUCGUUAGCAUGUGGCGGCAAGCUCAGCCCCCCGUUUCUAAAAAAGGUAAUUCUGAUUCAGACACAGGAAUUAUGGUGAGGGUAGAAACGGACUGGAAGGUUCGUUCCCCUUGCCUACCAAGACUCCAGAGCAGGUGGGUUCCUGAUGCCUGCUCUCCAUGAAGCCCUGGGCUUUCCGUACCUGCCUACUUUUCCUCUGAACUCACAGCACAGCUGAGCCAAAAUGUGUUCUUAUCAAAAUGGGCAUUUCCCAAAGGACAGCACUGUUUUAGA